AUGCUGGUGACCUGGAUCCUGCCGAUGGUUUUCUGGCUCUGGGUGCCCAACACUGCCUCCUCCUCGGCCACUGCCACAUCCACGGCCAUUGCCACAUCUACAGCCACUGCCGCAUCCACAUCAUCAGGGACGACAGCAACAGAUCACACAAAAACUUCUGCUAACACCACAGUCUCUGAAAACUCCAUCACCACUUCUGGUCCAUUUGAAUCUUCAAUCUCUUCUGCAAGUUCUGUCACCACCAUACCAGGGAGUACCACCACUACUUUUGAUCUGUCUGAAUCCUCAUUCUCCUCUGUGGGAUCGUACACCACAGUCCUUGGGACCUUUACCACUACACCUGGUCAGUCUGAAUCCACAGUGUCUUCUGAGGGUGCCAAAGCAACAGUACAACUGACCUCCACCACAACAUUUGAUCAAUCUGAAACCACAAUCUCUUCUGAGGGUUCACUCACCACAGUCCUUGAGAGUUUACUCCCUACUUCUGAUCAGUCUGAACCCAUAUUCUCUUCUGAGAGUUCCAACACCACAGUCCAUGGGAGUUCCAUCACCUCAUCUGGUCAGUCUGAAUCCAUAGUCUCUUCUGAGGUCUCUUCUCAGAGUUCCCACACCACAUCUGGUCAGUCUGAGUCCACAGUCUCUUCUGAGGGAUCCACCACCACAGUCCCUGGGAGCUUUACCACCACAUAUGGUCACUAUAAAUCCACAAUAUCUUCUGGGAGUUACCACACCACAUAUGGUGAGUCUGAAUCCACAAUCACUUCUGAGGGUUCCCCCACCACAGUCCCUGGAAGCUCCACCACCACAUCAGUUCUGUCAGAAUCCACAGUGUCUUCUGGCAGUUCCCACACCACAUCAGGUCAGUUUGAACCCACAGUCUCUUCUGAGGCUUCUCCCACCACAGUCCUUGGAAGCUCCACCACCACAUCAGUUCUGUCAGAAUCCACAGUGUCUUCUGAGAGUUCCCACACCACAUCUGGUCACUCUGAAUCCACAGUCUCUUCUGCAGCUUCCUCCACUACAAUCCCUGGGAGUUUUAUCUCCACAUCUGGUCAGUCUGAAUCCACAGUCUCUUCUGAGGGUUCCCAAACAACAGUACUACUGAGCUCCACCACCACAUUUGAUCACUCUGAGCCCACAUUCUCUUCUGAGAGUUCCCACACCACAUCAGGUCAGUCUGAAUCCACAGUCUCUUCAGAAGCUUCUCCCACCACAGUCCCUGGGAGUUUUUUCACCACAUCUGGUCAAUCUGAACCCACAGUCUCUUCUGAGGCUUCUCCCACCACAGUCCUUGGAAGCUCCACCACCACAUCAGUUCUGUCAGAAUUCACAGUGUCUUCUGAGAGUUCCCACACCACAUCUGGUCAGUAUGAAUCCACAGUCUCUUCUUCUGAUUCCACAGUCUCUUCUGAGGGAUCUCCCACCACAGUCGCUGGGAGCUUUAUCACCACAUCUGGUCAGUCUGAAUCCACAGUUUCUUCUGAGAGUUCCCCCACCAUAGUCCUUGGAAGCUCCAGUACCACAUCAAUUCUGUCAGAGUCCACAGUCUCUUCUGAUAGUUCCCAUACCACAUCUCAUCAGUCUGGAUCCACAGUCUCUUCUGAGGUUUCUCCCACCACAGUCCCUGGGAGUUUUAUCACCACAUCUGGUCAGUCUGAACCCACAUCUGAAUCCACAGUCUCUUCUGAGGGCUUCUACACCACAUCUGGCCAGUCUGAAUCCUCAGUGUCUCCUUCAGGUUCCCCCACCAUGGUACCUGGGAGCUCUACCACUACUGGUCUGUCUGAAUCCACAGUGUCUUCUGAUGGUUCCCAUACCACAAUUCCCAUGUCCUCCCCAACCAUUUCUGGUCUGCCUGAAUUCACCAUGUCUUCUGAGGGUUCCCUCACCACACGCCCUGGGAGUUUUGCCACUACUUCUGGGUGUCUCAGCACCAUCAACACAUACAGUCUCCUCUUACACCUCAACAAUUUAUAUACCUUCCAACUCUGA